CUUUUUGAAGCGGCAGGGACACCCACCCCAGACGAAAAGUCCAAUCGGCAGGUGCAAUGCAAAGGUUCCGUCACAACCGGAAAUGUGAACUUGUAAAAAAUCAAUUCAAGCGAAUUCCUCCAAACCUCGGAGCUCUCUCUCCAAUGUUGGAGCUUCAACCCGGAGCUUGCAACAACGUCCAGGGUAGCAGGCCACGGCGACCAGUGCUGCUACUCCAGGCCCCAAAAUGAAGCGAAAACAUGACGACGAGGGCCCUGAUGGCCAUGACGGCUCCGACCAUGCUCAAGUCCAGUCCAAGAAAAGAGCUACUGAUUGGGUCCAGCAGCAGAAGAAGGAACACUCCCUAGAGGAACAGCUAGAGGCACCGGCCUUGCCCUCGCAAUCGCAAUCACCACUUCUUAUGGAUGGCAACGACAGCCCCGAACUCGACCCUGACUCGGCCUCUGUCGCCUCGGUCGCCAAUACUUCCCUCACCCACGCCGACCCGACGACUACGGUAGCAGCAACUAGUAUCAACACUACCACGACUCGUGCUUCGCGCCGCUUCCCCUCCGACCUCAAGACCAUCAGGUGCACAUUCGCCGGUUGCACCAAGACCUUCAACCGCCCUGCUCGUCUUGCUGCUCACCUCCGUUCCCACACCAACGAUCGCCCGUUCAAGUGCCCCUACGAUGACUGCGACAAAGACUACCUCGAAGAGAAGCACCUGUCCCAGCACAUCAAGGGUUCCCAUACCAACGAUCGAAAGUACACUUGCCCCGAACCCGGUUGCGGAAAGUCCUUCGUGACCAACACACGACUUCGCCGCCAUGCUCUCGUCCACGAGGGCGCCGACCGCUACCGCUGCCGCGGCUAUGGGGACUGUGUCCAGAGCUUCCGAAAGCACCAAACGCUCCAGAGACACAUCCGAACGGCCCAUAUAGGCCAGUCGGCGUACCCAUGCGGUAACGACGGAUGCGACGCCGGCUUCGACACUGCAAGUGCCUUGAGGAGGCACGUAGAGCGCGAGCACGGUGAUCUCAAAUUUUGGUGCGACGAAUGCAACGCCGAAGCAGAGGGUGAUGACAAUGGAGGUCGCCGUGUUGGAUUUACCACUAUGCUGCUGCUUCAAGCUCAUAUGAAGAAGGAGCACAACAACUGCGCCUUCUGCGGUGUCAGAUGCGGUACACAAAACGACAUGAUGCGCCACGUUGAGCUCUACCACUCAGCCAAGACGGUUGAGGAUCGGAAGACCAUCGCUUGUACAUGGGAGGGCUGUGACAAGAAGUUCACACGUGUCUCCAAUCUCAACACGCACAUCAAGUCGGCCCACGAAGGCCAUCGUUUCGUCUGCGGACAAACCGAUACUUACGACGCCAAACUUCCGGAGAUUGCGGACUGGAACUUCGCGGAAGAGGGUUGUGGCCAGGGAUUUACAACCAGGGUGAAGCUGGAGGAGCAUGUUCUUCAUGUUCAUCUUGGGAAGAAGCGUCCACCCAAGCUGUAUCCCGUCCCUUCAAUGGUCGCCCAAUCUCAGCAAGCUCAACAGGCUUUGCUGGACAGUCGUGACCUUGCUUGCUCUGUGUACGGAUGCGCCGCUCGCUUCAUCCGUCAUGCUGAUCUGGAUAGACAUAUCCAGCAUGAUCAUGGCGGCAAUGGUAUCAAAGAAGAGCAACAACAGCUGCUGCUGCUACCUCAAUUGCACGCGGCCGAGGAACAGGCAGCCACGGUACCAUUCCCGAGUGCUGCCAACUUUGGCGUCGACGACCUGGGAUAUGCUAUCGAUCCUAGUCUUGAACCCCAACUUCAGCAAGGAGAUGUCCACUCCGCACUCACCUCCUCUGGCGCUGCCCCUUCCCCUCAAAUGGAGCAAUUCACGCAUGUUCCAGUUACUGAUGGCGGAAGCUUCGGCGCUGUGCCUUUCUGGCUUGGCGAUCAGGCAGAUCCGUUUUCACUUCAGCAACAGCCUCCUGUCUUCGAAGAUUGGGCUGCCGAUAUGCAGCUGUUGAUGGGCCAGGAUGGUGAGGGUUCGGACCCGCAGCUUGCCAGAGCGUAGGACACACGGCGAGACCAGUAAAUGGUCAAGAGCGGGAGACUUGUCAUCUAUUUGAUGUUAUCGUCAAGGAAACAAAAUAGGAGAUGCUAGGUGGGAAGGUUCACGGAAAUAUUGAUACCCUUUUGUUAUGUGGCUUUGACAACGUGUAGACUACAUGGAGGAACAAGAUAUGGUUUACGGUUACGGCGUUUGAACGGAAUAGACAUACAGGUCGCGGCCAGCUUCGCUUUCUUCCACAUAUAUCAUCAUACACGGUUCUGUAGCGUUUGCUUAUCAAAAGAGAAUAAAGCAAAUUUAGCUCACUCAAAGCUUCACAACCGAUGUACUGACAUUAGG